GAUGAAGCUAGGAGCCUCGGCAUCAUCGUCAGCCUCUCUGUCCCCAUCUUCCUCCUUGUCUUCGUCACUGCUGUCCGAGCUGUUGUCGGCGUCGUCUUCUUUCUUGUUUUUGGACUCGAGCUUCGCUUUCUUUGCCAUCUCCUUUUUCUGCUUCAGCUUUUCCCGCUUCUUCUUGCGCUUUGCCGUUCUGUCAUCGGCUGCCAGUUUGUUCUGCUCCACCUUGUCCAGAUAGUCCUGGUCCUCGUCCUGCUUAUCUGCAAUCUUGUCCAGAAAGUCCUGCCUCUGGUACUCUCUGCGUCGGAGGUGCCGGUAAACAUGGAACUCCCCGCUGCCUGCACCGGCGCUGGAGCCCAUCACGUCUCGGACGAACUCCGGCGGAGCCCGCGGGUUCCAUUCUUUCGGCCGGUCUGGGAUAGGAGCUGGCUUAUCCGGGUUCCGCAUUAACCUCUCCAACUUUAGACGCUGUUCCUCCGCCGGAGUUUUGGCGAUUAUCAGAGGCUGAGCCUCUUUUCCUCCAGAUAUUCCCGUCUUGUUAUUCUUCUGCGUGUGCGCCGCCAUCUUUCUAAACGCCGCAGUCUUCUUCUUCUGUGGUCAAGUCGCCCCGGAAGUUAUUGAGGGCUUCUGCUACCGGGAAAUAAUUAUUUUACUUUUUUUCUUCCUCUUUUACAAUAUUGCCUUUUUCCAAAUAAUAUGUAAAACGGAAGUUAUGUGUGGUGGUUUCAAUUUGUUUUUAUUUAUCGUAACUUUGAAUCAUUCCUUGUGUAUGUAAUGUAAAUAACGCGUUGCUGUACCAAUGGAAAACCAAUCUGAAUUUGUUUGGGCGCAGCUGUCCAAUCAGCGUUCACGUCCCGCCCCUUCACGCGAGCGCCAUCAACGCACGUCACGUCAGUCAGACUGUCUGGUUACACUCCGGUCUGUUCAGAAGCAGGUGAGACUCUUUCCACGACAUUGUAGCUCAACAUAUAAAGAUAUUAAUUACCAAAGACCAUGAACAGUUUAAUUAGAUCUACGGCGAAGUGUCUGCGGACGGGGGCGGCAGUCUAUCUGCCCCGACAGACCGACGGACGCGUAUGGUCCGCCUCGGCCCGGUUCCUGUGCGCGGCGGCGGACGUCCCAAAAGACCUUGGUGAGAUGGUGAAGAAGGACAAAGUGGUGGUGUUCAUGAAGGGGACGCCGGCGCAGCCCAUGUGUGGCUUCAGCAAUGCCGUUGUUCAGAUCCUCCGGAUGCACGGGGUGGACGACUAUGCUGCAUACAACGUACUGGAGGACUCCGAGCUCAGGGAAGGAGUCAAGGCCUUCUCCAACUGGCCCACGAUCCCUCAGGUGUACUUCAGCGGCGAGUUCGUGGGAGGCUGCGACAUUCUGCUCCAGAUGCACCAGAACGGGGAUCUGGUGGAGGAGUUGAAGAAGCUGGGCAUCAGCUCCGCACUGCUGAAGGCGGAGAAGGAGUCCAAGUAGAGGAAGAGGAUGAACGUGGAAGAGCUGACGCGACAGAGGACACAUUUAUCAGGUUUAAUCCCCCACUCAGAUGAUCACAGUCAAACGGACUCUCUAGGCAGCCGUGGGUAAAGUCCACUCACCUCUCUGGCCAAUAAGGCGCAGCAAGACCGCUGAUGAAAAAUUACAAGUGAAAGCAGUUCUAGUGGCAGCCAUGUUUCUUUAGUUCUGGACAUUUUGGUUUGUCCCACACCUAUGAAGAGCUCAGAGUGCUCCUGGUGCACUGAUCAUGUAUCCCAAAUCACUUUUAUCCAACUCUCUACCCACAUUCAUCAGUCUCUCUUUAAAGACACUUUUCGGGGCAAAAGCAACAAGUUGCAAACACCACAAUGACCUAUUUUGAUAUAACAAGCAUUCACUUGGAGGCAUGCAAUGAAGUCCAAUAUUCACAUUCUCUAUAGGCCCCCUGAGAAUAAUAUGUGACUCUUAGGCCCCUAAAUGCUCCCCUUUGUUCAACAGCUAGUUGCUAACUGUGUCUAUGUGCCAUUUGGUGCUGGGCCGGUAGCGUACACUGGGUUUAUCGGUGCCUGUCUGCAGACAAAAAGGAACCACAGACGGUAAAGUUAGGAGCUAAUAGAUGCUAUAAAGAUCUCCAUGUCUGAGUCUGGUGAUAACGCUCUGUGGGUUUGUCACUGAAACCGACCGACCUUCACCUCUCCAACACUUUUGUUAUUUUUAAGUAAAGCAGCUUAAUAUGUCACUCAUUAAACACUUGGAGGAAAACCUUUGGUCUUUGCUCUCUAGUUCCUGGUUUAGAGUUCUAUCAUAUCAAGAUUCACCAUGCUCUAAAUAAGCAUUAAGCUCCAUACCAGCGUACUGUAUUAGUUGGAAUCCCAGGCCUCCCACUAUAACCCCACUGUUAAAGACGGUCACAUUGCCUCCCUGUGCUUUGAAUCAGUUCACAUGAGAAUGCUGUCCUCUAUCCUAUCAUAUUGCCCUCUACAGGCCCUGCUGUCCAUCCUUUAGGCCACGCCUCAGUCUGGUAAGCCUCAGGGUGCACCAAGACCAAGUUUAGAUCUUUUAUUAUUUUAUAAAGUUUCUUAUAUCCUAAUAGAAACCUUCCAAAAGCACUGCCUGAACUGACCGUGUACUAGAAGGAAGAACAAAGAGGGGGCGAUACUGAUGUCUAUACAUUCGGGAUUAUAAUUAUAUUAUGUUUGAUAUCUGGCUAAUUCCAUCUUUUAUGCAUUAGCCUUUGUAGCGGAGGUGACAGCAGACAUGGACCACACCUCACUGAUCUCAUCCACUGCGACUGAACCGACACCACUGUCCCUUUCUGUUCUUCCCGCCAGGAACCACAGACCAAAUGUGUCCCGUUUCAAAGUGUCCACCCGCUGAACCGCAACACGCACACCACAAUACCCUCUUCUCUUGAUCCUGAAAACGACUGACAUACAGCGCAUUUGGACAAACAGAAGUAGUUCUAUUUACAGUUUGAUGCGUCUGUCUUGAGUCUGUGGUAUUUGUUCAUUUAUCACUGAGGGAAAAGAGGCUCUUUUUAUUCUUCAGAAGGGUGGGAAGUGUUCCUUUUGUUUCUCACUGAGCCUAAGAACCCCUGACAUGUAUCCAUCCUAGAUGUUCCUCUUGCUGCACAGCUGUAUUAUCAAAGCAAUGGUCAUGUAGUACACUGUAAGAUAUUGUACAUUGAAAGCAUUGUUAAAUGUAUUUUAGCUGCACCAAUUAAAUAUUUUGACACACAAAGAUUUUUUUUUUAUAACUAUCGACAUGCAGAAGUUCUUUGUUCAGUUUUGGGUGUGAUGUAGCAUCUAGGCCAAAUAAAAAAGGCAAUGAAGUAACCAAACAAAGUGAUUAGGAUCAGAGGAGCACAGAUCAUUGAUUGGAGCAGACGGCAGUCACUGUUCUUCUUCACAGCUGAUGUUUUGGCACAUUGAUGUUGUUCUGCACCAUCAGCUGUUAGACUCUAUCUGCUCUCCCUGAAUGGCGGCCAGCACUGGUUUGUCCAGAUACGGGUGCUCAGCGCCAUGUGUCCGGUGGUUUUGCUGACACCCGUCCUACAGAAUACGCCGUCUUGUAAUUUUUCAAUUUGUCAGUGAUUAUUUUCCUGAUUAAGUGGUGACCCUAUUAAAUG